UGACGCAUCUCAGAAGCCCAAAGGUGGACGCCAAUAUUCAGUACAAAACAAAAACUCAUGUAGUUGAACCAGAUAUCUGUAUGUUUACUCUCACGAUACAAAAGCGUAGAGUUUAAUAUUUAAUAUUUGGGCGAAAUUCUUAUGUCAUAAAAACAGGAUUAUGAUAAACUAGCUAGUAGCUAGUAAACUAGCUAGCAGUGCCUGCGUAGCUAAUGUGAACCCAAGGCACACAGAGGCUUUUUUCAGGUUGUCACUCGGAGAGGGGCACAUAUCCCAGGUCUGGACAGAUUAACAUCUUGGAUGGGCCUGUCUACAACACUGCUACAACGGGCUUCCAGCUGUAUGCUUUGCCGUUCAUUUCAGUCCCUAUUGCUGUGUUGACCACAGGCAUGAGCACUGCAGGCGUUCAUCGAGGCUUCCUCAGGAAAUAUGGGGGCUUUAUGUUCAAGCAGUGGAAGGAGAAAUAUCUUGUGCUGACCAUGGAGGGAUCCCUGUUGGUGUGUCGAGAUGCAGAGUCUCCCCCAGAUCAGGUUAUAGCUCUCCAUAACAACUGUGAGACUAUCGCAGAGGGACGAGAGAUCCUGGACCUACCUAAACUGCCUCCAGGGGGCAGGAGGGACUGCUGCUUUGCCCUCAUCCUGCAGCAGAACAAGUUCCUGCUGCUUCUCACCGACAACCCGGAGGACUGCAAUCUUUGGCUGAACUUAAUCAGGAAAGUGAGGGAGGGUGUCAUGUCACCUUUGACCCUUCAGAGACAGCGCAGCAUCACUCCUUGCAUCACAGACAGAGACCCCCUGCCUGAUUCCUCCAGUGAUAAAGACCCCGGGUCACCCAGAGUGGGUGAGGGCACCCCUCCUUUGUCUCGAGUAACAGAGCGGGGAGGCUCCUUCAGAGAGCGAGGACAAAAUCAAAGUCCUUUAUCAGUGGGAUCAACACGACGGUCUCUGCGUGGCUCUGUCCCCCCUCUUCAUCGUGUGUCAGAUUGUCUUCGCCAUGGCAACAGCAGUGAUGCCCGGGCGGUUAGGGCGGUGUGCCUGCUGAUGGGAGGAGCAGCAGCCUCCUCUGCUCUGGGCUACCUCAACUCCUGCUCCCAAACUUCCCCUCUCGCUACCAGAGCCCCAGAGAUGGCCCACGGCACAGGGGGGUUCUCUGAGCUCCCUGCUGGAGGGUCGUACCACGCCUGCAGCCAGGACGUCGACUCUCCACACUUCAACAGCUUUGACUUUGAAGGAGACUCAGACUUCGAUGCAUUUGAUUGUGGAGGAUUUGCUUUUUAGUUUUCAGCAAACAGAGAGAACUAUCUUGAAAGACAUUUCUUUCUUGUAAAAAUCCUUGUGUUUGUCUUCCUUUUUAGAAGCAUUCUUAUAAAUUAAUUAGACAUUGGGUUAUCUUUACGUCUAAUUUAUAAAUUAAUGAAUGUGUUCUUCCUGGCUUUAUGCCCAUGCUCCUCAGGUAAAUCAUUCAUGAUCCUGACUCCUCUGAACACUGUCUGUGUUGAAUCACUCUUUCCAUGCCAGAAGAUGAAACAAGAACAGAAUAAUACUUAAAGACAGCUACAUGGAUGUUUAUAAAGGCAUUUAGGAGUUCAACAGUUGUGUUUCCCCACUAUUUGCUAAUCACUUUGUUCAUUUUAUAUGUUUUUUUAUUUAGCCUCUGUAAAUAUUAUAUUCUCAUUCAUUUUCUUCAUCAUUUUCUUUCAUCUCCCCUUGAAUGUUAGAAAUCAGCACGUUUCCCGUCAUCUGUACAGUGACUUACAUGAAAAUCAGUGCUAAACAUCUACUCUAAAUAAAUCCUGCUGUCACAA